CCGGAAGAACAAAGAAGUUAGCGGAAAAAGUCCAACAGCUGACAAGGGUGUUGAAACAGCGGUUACGUGUUGCUAAUGAGUUAUUUUGAAAAAAAAUCAAACCAGAGGACCAAGAAGAAAUCAGUUGUUAAAAAAAAAAAAAAAAAAAAAAAAAAAAAAAAGAGAAGGAACGAGUCACCGUGCAGGAUGCUGAUGUCUGAAGUUCGGACACCGUGACAAAAUGACGCAGAGAAAAUGUGACCUGGCCCGGAGGACGCCCAGGGCCCCCCCAUCUGGAGCCAGGCCUGGAGGUAGGGCCCAUCAGCGAGUGCCUGGUGGCUUGGCUUGCCACGGAGCCCAACCGGGCACAGCCCGAAAAGACAUGCAGCAGCUGUUAGUGAGUAAAGAUGAUGUUCUGCCAAAGCAGCAUGAAAGGAAUCAGAGUCUGGACCAAAAGAACUCAGAGGCUCCAAACAUUAAAGAGGAACAGGGGGAACUUUGGAGUGAAGGUGAAGAAAAACCACAGUCAUCACAGCUUCAUCAAAGUCAAAGAGAUGAGAGCAGAGAAGUGACGCGUCUUUCCACCAACUCGACUGAACUUAGAAAAAUGAAAACAGAAGCUGAUGGAGAUGACUGUGGAAGAUUCCAACCAACCAACAGCUCAGAUUUACAACCAAAUGCUGAUGACAUGCAGAAGUUGUUGGUGAUCAAAGAAGAAAUUCUUCCUGAACAGCAGGCAUGUAACCUGAGUGCUGACCAGGAGGACAUUAAAGAGGUACAAGAAAAACUCUACAUCAGUCAGCAGCUGGAGAUUGACAUCGCUAAGAUCCCUUUCACUGCUGUUCCUGUGAAGAGUGAAAAUUAUGAAAAACCACAGUCAUCACAGGACAACCCCUGCCAGAGUGAUGAGAGCACAGAGCCUGAACCUGCAGCCAGCAGUUCAUCUACACACAGAACACUGACAGAACAAGCUUAUCGAGAGGACUAUGGAGGACCACAACCAGCCAGCAACUCAGGUCCAAAUAGUCCUUUACAAUCAGAUACUAAUGGUGGGAAUUCAGACAGCUCAGAAACUGAGACUGAUGACAGCGUUGAAUGGAAUCAGACCAGAGACCUGAGUUCAGGUUUUAAUUGUCUAAAAAACAGGAAUGUCUGUGUUAGUCCAAGCAGUUCCAACAUUCCUAAGAAUCAACUUAAUUGCUCUGAAUGUGGAAAGGUGUGUGGUCACAUGAAGUAUUUUAUGCAACACAAAGGAAGACAUGCAGGAGAGAAACCAUUUGGCUGUCCUGAAUGUGGUAAAAAAUUUGGACUAAAGGGAAAUCUGACCAAACACAUGAGAAUUCAUACUGCCGAGAAACUAUUUGGCUGUACUAAGUGUAGUAAAAGAUUUCACCUCAAGGGAAAUCUGACAAAACACAUGAGAAUUCAUACAGGAGGGAAACCAUUUGGCUGUUCUGAAUGUGGUAAAAGAUUUAGACAAAAGGGCAGCCUGACCAGACACACGAGAAUUCAUACAGGAGAGAAACCAUUUGUCUGUUCUGAGUGUGGUAAAAGAUUUGGACAAAAGGACAAUCUGAAUAUGCACAUGAUAAUUCAUACAGGACAGAAACCAUUUGUCUGUGCUGAGUGUGGUGAAAGAUUUGGACAGAAGGUCCAUCUGAAAAUCCACAUAAGAAUUCAUACAGGACAGAAACCGUUUAGGUGUUCUGAAUGUGAUAAAAGAUUUGGACAAAAGGGCCAUUUGACGAGACACAUGAGAAUUCAUACAGGACAGAAAAAAAACACCCUAAAUUAUUGAUGUAACUCCCUAGUCACAACAACCUAAAUCAUGCUGAAAAGGG